UUUUGAAUAGCUCAGUUGUCGCUGUCGCUUGUCUUCUCCUGGCGGGCCCCCUUGACUGUCGAGCAGCACGCUUGAAACACAGAGAAAGAAAGAGAGAGCCCUUCCUGCAUUCCAUUCGAACCCAGAGCAACCCAGACCCGCACCUCACACAAGCUUCCAACUGCUAAGCGUGUCACAAGAUGGCUGCGAUCUCCCAGGAAGAGUUGGAGGACCUCCGGGAAGCUUUUGCCAAGAUCGAUGUGGACUCCAAGGGACACAUCGGCACCGGUGACCUCAACGAUCUCUUCAAAGCGGCCAACCUGCCCUUGCCAGGGUACAGAGUCAGAGAGAUCAUCCAGAACCUCACCACCACAGGCAACCAGCACGACGGCAAAGUCACCUUUGAUGAGUUUGUCGAGGUGGCUCAUGGACUGAAGAGCACAGAGGUUGCCAAGACCUUCAGGAAGGCCAUCAAUAAAAAAGAGGGCAUCUGUGCCGUGGUGGGCACAUCAGAGCAGUCCAGCGCCGGCACCCAGCAUUCUUACUCCGAGGAGGAGAAGGUCGCCUUCGUUAACUGGGUGAACAAGGCCCUGGAGAAGGACCCCGACUGCAAGCAUGUCAUUCCUAUGGACCCCAACACGAACGACCUGUUCACAGCUGUCGGCGACGGCAUCGUUCUCUGUAAGAUGAUCAACCUCUCUGUGCCUGAUACAAUUGAUGAAAGAACCAUCAACAAGAAGAAGCUCACGCCAUUCACCAUACAGGAGAACCUGAACCUGGCCCUGAACUCAGCGUCGGCCAUCGGGUGCCAUGUGGUGAACAUCGGGGCGGAGGACCUGAAGGAGGGCCGACAGCACCUGGUGCUGGGGCUGCUGUGGCAGGUCAUCAAGAUCGGCCUGUUCGCCGACAUCGAGAUCAGCAGGAACGAAGCUCUGAUCGCUCUCCUGAGAGAUGGGGAAACUCUUGAGGACCUGAUGAAGCUCUCUCCUGAGGAGCUGCUGCUGCGCUGGGCCAACUACCACCUGGAGCAGGCAGGCUGCCCCAAGAUCAACAACUUCAGCUCUGACAUAAAGGACUCAAAGGCUUACUACAACAUCCUGGAUCAGGUGGCACCCAAAGGUGAUGAGGAGGGCAUCCCGGCCAUUCCCAUCGACGUGUCAGGAAUCAGGGAGAAAGAGGAUGUGAAAAGGGCAGAAUGCAUGCUGGAGCAGGCCGACCGCCUGGGCUGCCGACAGUUCGUCACUGCGACAGACGUCAUCAGGGGCAACCCCAAGCUGAACAUGGCCUUCGUCGCCAACCUUUUCAACAAGUAUCCUGCCCUGAAGAAGCCCGAGAACCAGGAAAUUGACUGGAGCUCCAUCGAAGGUGAGACCAGGGAGGAGCGUACGUUCAGGAACUGGAUGAACUCACUGGGUGUCAACCCUCGUGUCAACCACCUCUAUGGUGACCUGGACGACGCCCUGGUCAUCUUCCAGCUGUACGAGAAGAUCAAGGUCCCUGUGGAUUGGGGCAGAGUGAACAAACCCCCCUACCCGAAACUGGGCGGCAACAUGAAGAAGCUGGAGAACUGUAACUAUGCUGUGGAGCUGGGGAAGAACCAGGCCAAGUUCUCUCUGGUGGGGAUCGCGGGGCAGGACCUGAACGCGGGGAACCGCACCCUCACCCUCGCCCUGCUGUGGCAGCUGAUGAGGAGGUACACACUGAACAUCCUGGAGGAGCUGGGCGAUGGGCAGAAGGUCAACGAUGACACCAUUGUCAGCUGGGUAAAUGAGACCCUGACACAAGCUGGCAAGAGCACCAUCAGUGGCUUCAAGGAUGGCUCCAUCAGCACCAGUAUGCCAGUCCUGGACCUGAUUGACGCCAUCCAGCCUGGAUCCAUCCGGUAUGACCUGCUGAAGAUGGAGGAUCUGUCUGACGAGGAGAAGCUCAACAAUGCCAAAUAUGCCAUCUCCAUGGCGAGGAAGAUCGGCGCCCGUGUGUACGCCCUGCCCGAAGACCUGGUAGAGGUCAAGCCGAAGAUGGUGAUGACGGUGUUCGCCUGCCUCAUGGCAAGGGGCAUGAAGAGGGUGUGAGGUCAUCAGCUGCCCCCCCCGCAACCUCUCUCCCUUCUGCUCCACCCAACCC